GUGGGUCCCACUUCUAUUUAUGUUUUUUUUUUAAAUAAAACCGUGUGUUUGAAAGGCUUAAAGAGUGUUGUUUUUUUUUAACAAAACCGUGUGUUGGUCGAAGCCUUAAAGAGUGUUGGGCUUAUUUGGUAUUUGGCCCAUAGAUAUUGGGUGAGGUUCGUCUAGGUUAACGCAUUAGGGGAGGCGUCGAUUGAUUUAAGAAAAAAACCUAGCCGUCGACUUCUUCGAGCCGAAAGUCCGGGACGAUUCCUCUUCCGGCGUCUAAUUUCUGUAACCUACCCUUAAUGGCUCUGCUAAGCGCGUCCUCUGACGACGAAACGCAUUCUUUUCAUCUAACGCUUCCUGAUUUCUCCUUAUAUAGAGUUGCUCGAGCAGCUCCAGUCGCUAACGCCGCCGUCGCCUACUCCACGUUCGAAUCUCUUCGCCUCGGAAGAGCCGCUCAGUCUGUUGUUGCUCGCCUAAUCCGCUUUUGGGAUUCCCGUAACAUCAACAAGAAUGGAGAGUUUAUGGGCAUAACGAUUCUCCUCCUCGAUGAAUUGGACUCUGUUAUUCACGGGUUCAUACCCGCUAACCGAGCCAGCCACUACCGGAACGAUUUGAAAACCGGUUCUAUUGUCAAAUUGGACCGUUUUGAAGUUGCGCGUGUGGCUCACAUGUACAAGAUCACAGAACAUCAGUUCUUGAUCCGUUUCAUUGCUUCAACGCUCCAAACGGAUGCUCCUGUGAUCAAGUUCGACAAGUUCAUGGUGAGGCAUUACGAUCACCUUCAAGUGCUUGCAAACACCAACCUUGAGCUUCCAGAUGUGGUGGGUGAAAUACAGUCCAUGCAGGGAUCCGACCUCAAGAACAAUGCAGCCACGAGCAGGGUGGUGGUCCGCUUCUUAAUCGAACGGAAUGUAUCUGUCUACUUGUCGUUGUGGAAUGAGGCUGCAUCAACCAAAAGGCCUCAAAAAUUUUAGACAUGAGCAGAGAUGGGGAAGAGAGUAGAACGAUAUCUAACAUAGUCUACAGAGAAGCCUACAACGGAUUGCCUCAAUCUACCGUUCAUGAUUAGAGGGAAGAUAUGAGAAGGAUCGCUCGAUAGGGCCAAACGAAUUCCAAGGUCUCCCGAUAGGAUCAAACGGCUUGCGCGAGUUCAUGUAAGAAGAUUUAUCAAUAGUACAAGCAGUUUGAUCUUCUUGAUUGUUGUUUACUAGAUAAUUCCAAAUCUCGUUCAGAUAAGAAGAUCCAUCAUCACUAUAAUUCCAUGUCUCGUUCUGAUAAGAAGAUCCAUCAACAGUACAAGAAGUUUGAUCUUCUUGCUUGUUGUCUCCUUCAGGACCCCAUAGCUUGUACGGCUCGAAGUUCUUAGUCAGUGCUUCAAAAUCAAACCCUCCAUUACCCUAUAACCAAAACAAAACGAGUAAAGUGACAUAUUUAAUAAAAUGCAGAUAUGUAAUAAAGAGAGAAUGAUGAUAUAUAUUACCUGCCCAAGAGAAAAUGGGACAGAUGGAUAAGUGGUAAAGAAACUUUGAGAAGCAAUCGAUGACGGUGCAGCAUAUGUAGGAUCUUGAUAAAGUGGAGCACAAGGCAUAGGUUGGUAAGCAUGGUUCAACCAAGGAUCAUAGUAAUUUGAACUGGGAUAUUGCUGUAAAGCAAGAGGUUUACAAGCAAUUUGUAAUCCAUCAUUGACUGAUCCCAUAUUUAAAGAUGCAUCAUAAUCAUAAAUAGCUUCCGUUUUGCUGAGAUUUUCAUUGGAAAUUAAUAAGGGAACGUUUUGGCGUAUUUUAGCACCGUCUUGAUUGUAUGACGAGUAUACGUAUGGGAGUGGUGGUUUUGGGGGACGAUAAAUCUUACUACUUAGUCCUCUUGCUAAGCUCGCUGGAGAAUCAACUACUACAUUCUGCAAAAAUGAAUGACACAAAAAAAAGAGGAACGAGAUUAGCCAAGAAAACAUCAAAUUAGAAUGAAUGAUAAAUUGAUACGCAUAAGUUAACGCACAUACUUGCCUUUAUCUGAGUUGUGGUGAAAACAAUGUAACUAUAAAGUUCAUAAGAAGGUGGAAUAUGAAACUCGAUAAGGUUCCUGCCCUCCGUGCCGUAACAUAUCACUGCACAAACAUCAAACAACAUUAGAAAAAAACAAUUACUUUAUCGAAAUAUUCUCUGUAAACUAAACGAAAACUAUAUAUCAGGUUAUAUAACUCUCAAACUGAGGUUUCAGAUCGUACCAUUUAUAAGACAUAGGGUCUUUUCAUCGUGAUUGAGAUGAUAGAGAAAGCCUUGGUAUCGUAAACCGUAUUUAGAGACCAGUGUCAUAAAGCUUCCAAUGUAAUCGACGGGAUAUGGAUUUUGUGGCUGUGGUUUCCGUAAAGAUGAUGACAAUGACGAGAUAGACUGGGAAUUAUCUGUCGCCAUCAUUCCAACCGAACUAAAGUGAAAUUUAAGAAAGAAGAAGAGUCUUUAAGUCUGAUUAGGGUUUUUUUCCUCCCCCUGUACCUCGCUUCUUGUUUGCAGUAUUGUCAAAUUUGAAAUAUAAGAUUUUUCUAAGCUGAUAGAUAUAUAGGAAAGAAGAAAUUGAAAUAUAUGUUAUAAUUCCUUAUAAGAUAAACAUGAUUUGUAAUGUUUCUCUAUCCGAUUAAGAUUUACCAUUUUUGCAAUUCAUAAAAUAUUCUAUUCAAGGGGAUCAUGUUCUUGCGCCCUUCGUCUGACGAUUGUUUCUUUCUGUUUCUCUACGUACCGGCUUUCUCCUUUUUUACUUAUAAAUACGUAAAUAUACUAUGGUUUAAAUAUACAUAUGUACAUGGACAAUUAGAUAAACUUGAUUUUGCUACGUAUUCUCGUAGAAUUUAAGUGCAGGAGGUAGUACUGGGCUAUACUGGAGUUCGGUUUUUGUGAUGUGCGUGGACCUUCUAAGCGUGAAAAAGGAAAAAAGAUAUGUACUGACAAAAUGGUAUUUUCCAUUAAGCAAAAAGUUUUUGAUUGGAGAGAAGGUUUACCUUUACAAGAAAAGGAAAAUUGCUUAAAUGGAAAAGGAAGUUUGCUUAAAGAGUUUUUGGAGACUUGAAGAGCAAGUUUAAGAACGUGAAAAACAAGUUCUGGGUCUAACUUUUAGAAAAAAACUUGUAAUGCCCUACUCAAAAAUACAAAUUUAUGUUCUCAUUCUUCAUUAAAGGGAUUAACCC